AUUGACUCUUGGUGCAAAGAGAAUAGCUACGUGAUAGCUGGAUAUUACCAGGCAAACGAACGCGUGAAAGAUGCCAGUCCAAACCAGGUUGCGGAAAAGGUGGCCUCCAGAAUCGCAGAGGGCUUUAACGAUACAGCGCUCAUCAUGGUUGAUAACACCAAGUUUACGAUGGAGUGCGUAGAGCCUGCCAUUCACGUGUAUGAGCUUCAUGAGAACAAGUGGAGGUGCAAGGACCCGCACGUGGAUUUUUGUGAAGAUUGGACCGAAGCCCAGAGAAUCGCUGCGUCUCUCUUGGACAGCAAGUCGUACGAGACACUCGUAGAUUUUGAUAAUCACCUGGAUGACAUCCGGAAUGACUGGACAAACCCAGAGAUCAACAAAGCUGUCCUCCACCUGUGUUAGGGGUUUCCACUGACUAAUUUAUGGGCAUUCCCACUAUGUACCGAAGAGAGAAAAAUGCUAUUUUUGAAUGUAAAUAGAAUAAUAUUCAGUACCUUGUGUGGAAGCCCACCUGAUUAAAAAGGAGUGGCAUGUCACAUUGCAAAGAGUGAUGUGUCCGUAAGCCGUUGAAUCUUUUUUGUGAGAUUCCUUGGAAGAACCACAAACUGUCAGUUAACAACUGUCCUUGUGGAUGCCUUCCCGUUUGUGGUGAAUGUUGCUGUUCCUUCAAAACCAGAACUACGUCUGCUUGUCCCUGCUGUUCAUAUUACAAAGUUUUGACUAAGCUUUUCUAAUAUUUAGAGAGAUUGCUUUUUAAUGAUUCAUGGAAAUACCUUUC